AGGGUGCGGGGCGCACCGUCAAAAGUGACGGGAAUUUUCCGCUUCCAAUGGCAGUUGAGAGAACGCAAUACUGAAACCCAGGCGACCUUCCCCUUCGAUAGAGAUCCCACACCAACAACACCUUCUUAUUGGAAGCGAUCCCUCAGAUCUGAAGCUGAAGAUCUUCUAUGAUAUCUUUCUCCAUUUGAUAUAAGAUGCAGAUACUGGAGAGAUUGCCAGCCAUGGAUUAUCUCCGGUCCGAGAAGAUGAGCUUCGUCCAACUCAUCAUGCCCGUCGAAUCUUCCCACCGUGCCAUCUCUUACCUCGGCGACCUCGGCCUCCUCCAAUUCAAAGACUUAAACGCUGAUAAAAGUCCUUUUCAACGAACAUUUGUCAAUCAGGUUAAACGAUGUGCGGAGAUGUCACGGAAGCUACGGUAUUUCAAAGAUCAAAUAAGUAAGGCCGGUCUAUUAUCUUCCGCUCGUCCUGCGUUGCAACCAAAUAUUGACUUGGAGGCUCUAGAGAUACAACUUGCUGAGCAUGAAACUGAACUUCUUGAAAUGAAUGCAAAUAGUGAGAAGCUGCGGCAUACCUACAACGAGCUACUGGAAUUCAAGCUAGUAUUGCUGAAGGCAGGUGGCUUCCUUGAUUCAGCACAGAACCAUGCAGUUGCACAGGAGAGAGAAUUAGAUGAAAAUGUGUACUCCAAAGACGAUUAUGUGGAGACUGCAUCAUUACUUGAGCAGGAAAUGCAGCAUGAGCCUUCGAACAAAGCUGGCUUGAGAUUUGUAAGUGGGAUUAUUUGCAAGUCAAAGGCUUUAAGAUUUGAGAGGAUGCUCUUCCGUGCUACUAGGGGUAAUAUGCUUUUCAAUCAGGCACCUGCUGGGGAACCCGUCAUGGAUCCAGUCUCCACAGAAAUGGUUGAGAAAACUGUCUUUGUAGUUUUCUUUUCUGGGGAGCAGGCUAAAUCGAAAAUCCUGAAAAUUUGUGAAGCAUUUGGUGCAAAUUGCUACCCUGUUCCUGAGGCUUCCGAUAAGCAAAGGCAAAUAACUCGAGAGGUUUUAUCACGUCUAUCUGAUUUGGAAGCCACUCUGGAUGCUGGGAUCCGUCACAGAAAUAAGGCCCUUAAUUCCAUUGGAUUUGACUUAAGAAAGUGGAUCACUAUGGUAAAGAAAGAGAAAGCUGUGUAUGAUACCUUGAAUAUGCUCAAUUUUGAUGUUACCAAAAAGUGUCUGGUUGGAGAAGGCUGGUGCCCUUUUUUUGCAAAACCUCAGAUUCAGGAAGCACUACAACGUGCAACAAUUGAUAGCAAUUCUCAAGUGGGGAUAAUAUUUCAUGUGAUGGAUGCUGUGGAAUCACCACCCACGUAUUUCAGAACUAACCGCUUCACACAUGCAUUUCAGGAAAUUGUUGAUGCAUAUGGUGUUGCUCGAUACCAAGAAGCAAAUCCGGGGGUUUUCACUGUUAUUACUUUUCCAUUUCUUUUUGCUGUGAUGUUUGGGGACUGGGGUCAUGGAAUAUGCUUGUUAUUGGGGGCAUUGAUCCUGAUAAUCCGUGAGAACAAACUUGGAUCUCAGAAACUUGGCAACUUCAUGGAGAUGGCAUUUGGGGGGCGCUAUGUACUUCUUUUGAUGUCAUUGUUUUCAAUCUAUUGUGGGUUGAUUUACAAUGAAUUCUUCUCUGUUCCUUUUCAUAUAUUUGGUUUGUCUGCUUAUAAAUGCCGGGAUCAUACAUGCAGUGAUGCUAAUACUGCUGGUCUAAUCAAAUACCGGGAGCCUUACCGGUUUGGUGUAGACCCCAGCUGGCGUGGAAGUCGUUCUGAGCUGCCUUUCCUGAACUCCCUCAAAAUGAAGAUGUCUAUUAUAUUAGGUGUGACUCAGAUGAACGCAGGAAUUCUUUUAAGUUACUUUAAUGCGAAGUUCUUUGGGAGCUCCUUAGAUAUAAGGUACCAGUUUGUGCCGCAGAUGAUCUUUCUUAACAGCCUCUUUGGGUAUCUUUCUCUUCUAAUCAUCAUCAAGUGGUGCACAGGCUCCCAAGCUGAUUUGUAUCAUGUAAUGAUUUACAUGUUCUUGAGUCCCACUGAUGAUCUUGGGGAGAAUCAGUUGUUUUGGGGCCAGAAACCACUGCAGAUCGUGUUGUUGUUUUUGGCUAUUAUAGCUGUUCCUUGGAUGCUCUUUCCAAAACCAUUCAUCUUGAAGAAGCUUCAUUCAGAGAGAUUUCAAGGUCGCACUUAUGGCAUCCUUGGUACUUCUGAGAUGGACCUUGAUGUGGAACCUGAUUCUGCACGCCUACACCAUGAGGAGUUCAAUUUCACUGAGGUAUUUGUGCAUCAAAUGAUACAUUCGAUUGAAUUUGUGUUGGGUGCGGUAUCAAAUACUGCAUCAUACCUUCGGCUCUGGGCUCUCAGCUUGGCUCAUUCAGAGUUGUCAACUGUUUUCUACGAGAAAGUCCUUCUCCUUGCUUGGGGGUAUGACAACAUUAUCAUCAGGCUGGUGGGCCUUGCAGUUUUUGCCUUUGCUACAGCAUUCAUAUUACUCAUGAUGGAGACUCUCAGCGCCUUCCUUCAUGCCUUGCGUCUCCAUUGGGUUGAAUUCCAAAACAAGUUCUACCAGGGUGAUGGCUACAAGUUUAGACCCUUUUCUUUCACCACACUGGCCGAUGAGGAAGAUUGAUCCCUUCAGAGAAGCCUAUCUGCUAACCAGAAAAAUACAAACAACAAGCAACAAGAAUGACCAAAGUAUGCAAUCAGAUCGAGCUCUGUUCAUGCAUCAGAGGCUUUUGUUGUUGCUGCACCAAGUGAAAUUCCUAUUCAGAUAUUUCUGGGAGCUGUUACCAUAGGGAUCCGAAUCCUAGAAAAAUCAACGGUUGAGAGCUCUUGUAAAAUUCUAGGCCAUGAAUAUCUCUUGUUGUAAUGUAAACGAGCGCAGAGUGGCUCGUGUCUUAAUGGAGAAAAAUAUUGAAAUAUUUCAACACACAAAUGUGUGGAUUUUGCGGGAAACUAAUCUUUUCUUUUUUGUCUCCUUUAGUCAGUUAAAGAGACCAUUGUUACUCUAUUUGUAUAGCACAUGAAGAAUAAGAUGGAAAUGGCAUUUUUUACUGUAGUUGCCGCUUGAA